GCCUCUAAUGUGUCAGCGCCAAACAGCAGGGACAAAAACUUCGGCAAAAAUGGCGGAGGGUGCAACGUCUCUGAAAGGGUUGCGGGCGCAAAUGGCUGCAGCUGCGCAGGCACAGGCAGAGGAACGGCGCAGCCAGGCAGGGAACAGCCCAACACCACCAGCUCCAGCCAGCACAAUAAAGAGCCAGACCAGGCCAGUCAUUGAUGGGGCAGCCAUGAGGAUAGACGACAAACUCCGAGUGGCCAAAGAGAGGAGAGAAGAGCAGGAAAAGCAACAUGCGGCCCGUGAGACUCAGCUCCUGGAGCGAGAGCGCAAGGCCCAGCUGCAGGUGGAGAGACAGAUGGAGGAGAGGCAGAAGAAGCUGGAAGAGCAGCGCAGGAAAGAGGAACAGAGGAGAGCUGCGGUGGAGGAGAAAAGGAAACAUAAAUUAGAGGAGGAAAAGGAGCACUAUGAGGCUGUGAUGAGACGUACCCUGGAGCGCAGCCAGCGAGUAGAGCAGAGACAGAAGAGAUGGUCCUGGGGUGGACUUUCAGACUCUGAGAACAAAAAUGGACAAAGUGACAGUGGCUCCGCCUCCUUCCCGAUUACUAUAGUAAUCUCCCCCGCUUCUCCAGCCUCCAAGCCACCCAGGAAUCAGACGUCACAAGACAAGCGCUCUUCCUCUACUACGAACCUGAAACAGACUGACUCAGUCAUCAGCAAGCGUCUCUCCUCAUCCUCAGCCACCCUCCUUAAUUCUUCCGAUAAAAGUGCAAAGCGGAGAAGUUCGUCUUUGAACCGGUUGCCUAGCAAUGUUCCUCAGGCCUCUAAAGAAGUGCAUAAGCAGCCUCAGAUGGAAAAGACAGGCCCAAUCCUGAAGAAGCGAAGCUCCUCCCUCUCUCGAGUAGGGGCUAAAACACAGCCCACCACCAAACCAGAGAAAUCCACAGCAGAUGAAUCAGCUCGCCGCUCGUUGGCUGCCCCCGUGGAUAGCAGUGUCCUCAGUCGGCUGCUCACACCCACCCAGGCCUCGCUAGCUAGAAGCAAGAGUGCUGCGGCCCUGUCCGCCGAAGGAGGCGACAUCCAAGAGUCUCACCUGUGUCCUCGUUCAGCAUCUGCAAGCCCCAUGCAGCCCUCGGCCCGUGGACCCCUACGCAGUCGCAGCAGCGAUCGAAAGAAAGGCCCGCCUACUUCUGUGUCAGCAGAUGCCAUUUCCAGUAUGACACAGCAGAAAGGUGAGACAGAGAAGCGCUUCACGUCACCAGUAGGAAAACGCCCUGCCUCGCCCUCCAGUCGUCACCGAUCCCCGUCUCCUUCUCCCGCUGCUAACACCACCACAAGAGCGCCCUCACCUGGAGCAGCCAAGCAGAGUCCACACUUCCGCCCUUCUUCCCCCAGUGGUUUGAAACAGCGGCCUCCAUCCCCUCAGCCCUCUGCCACAUCCAAACCUCCACCCAUUCAGAAACCUGCUCUCACCCCCACCGGCCCUCCUACCCUUCGCAAGAGGGACUCUAAACCAAAGGAUAUGUCUCCCAUGAUGCCUGUCACCCCACAGUCUCCAGAAACCAGCACACCCAGCCCGGCACCUGCACCGAAGACCAAAGAGGAAUCCAGUUCCAAAGCUGUCGCAGGAAAUAACUCUGCUGCAGAGGCUUCUAAGAUCCUGAUGGAAAACCGACGUCUAGCACGCGAGCAGAAAGAGAAAGAAGAGCAACUCCGCAUACAGAAAGAAGAAGAGGAGAGUGCCAGAGGCCCUGAGGUAUCAUGUCUCGACAGGCUGAGGAAAGAGGAGGAGAAGAGACUGGCGGAGGAGGAGCGCUUGAGGCGUGCAGAGGAGGAGAAGAGGCUUGCGGAGGAGAGGAAGAGAGAAGAGGAGGAGCAGGCUCUUAUAGCAGAGGAGGAGAGACAGCGAAUGGAGCAGGAGGAGCAGCAAAGACAGGCCGAGCUAGAUAAAGAGCGCGAGGAGGCUGAAGCAAAGGCUCAAGAGGAAGCAGAGAGGCAGCGUCAGGAGAGAGCACGCAUUAUGCAACAGAACCAACAGGAGCGCAUGGAGAGAAAGAAGAGAAUUGAAGAAAUUAUGAAGAGAACCAGAAAAACAGACCAAAUCGAUUUUAAGAGUAAUGAUGAGAAAGACAUUCCUGAUGAAGAUGGAGAGGAGGCUGAGGACCAAAUAAACUGUGAAAAUAAGGAGAAUGAGGCUGUUGAAUCAGAGCAGAAUGCCAAGAAGACAGAGCCAUCAGACUCUCAGGAGCAUCACUUAUCUGUGGAGGAGCCAGUCACAGAGCAAGUCGGGCCAGUUAUUAGUAUGAACACACGAACAGAUGUGGACAACAAAGAGAACAGCAAUGGACCCAGCACAGAGGAUCCCUCAGUGGACAGCAGCCCACCUCCUAAGUCCUGUCUGAUGGAGGGCUCAGAGUUUGUGAACGAGGACUCUAAAGUGAACCUGGUGCAAGGGUUGAAUGGUAAAGGAGGAUCCUGGAGCUUCGAGGAGCUGAUUGAUCUGGGUGUUCAUGCGAAGAGCAAACCCCUGAUGGACGAUGGGAGCCCUGAGGGCCCUAGAGUGGCCUUCGAUGAGAAAACCUGCUCAAUUCAUCCAGCCCAGCCCAUUGAAGCCCUGUCUGAGAUGUGAAUGCGCAGGUCUGUCUAAGGCCUGCUGAUUAUUGCACUCCGUGAGUCACGUCCAGCUGAGCCUCAGAGUGUCAGCGCUCAGACUCGUCUGGACAGCCAGGGAAAGCGCACAGUGCUGCACAGCCUCUGCAGAUAAUAGACGGAUAAGGCAAGAAAAAAUAAAGAGAAGUUGGAUGUUACAAGCUAAAGAAAUGCUUCAGGGAAAAUGAUAGAUUCCUUCAGUGUGCUUGCUUCGUUUAUCAGCUCUACAUCUUUAUAAUAUUGACAUCAGGAUUAGUUUUUUUCCAUACAUUUCUUAAAUGUUUUUUGUUUUGUUUUGUUUGUCUUUUAAAUGUGGAGACAACUUAUUUAUUCAUGCGGCUUCUUCACAUUUAAACGAC